AAUGGAGUCUAUGUCGCUACAGAACCUACAAACUUCCUUCUGUGUCAUAUUUUUCUCCUUCGCCUUCUCCUUCUCUCUAUUCUCUCUCUUGCUUUUCUUUUUGAGAGUGAAACUAUGGUGUGAUUGUGAUGUCUGCCGUAGUUAUCUCACUUCGAGUUGGUCUUUCCAAUUCGAUAAUCUCUGCGAUUGGUACACACACCUUCUCAGAGAAUCACCGACCCAAACAAUCCACAUCCAUGUCUUGGGCAACACAAUCACCGCAAAUCCCGACAACGUGGAGUAUAUGCUGAAAACGAGGUUCGAUAAUUACCCUAAAGGAAAGCCCUUUUCAACUAUCCUCAGUGAUCUAUUGGGUAGAGGAAUCUUCAAUGUCGACGGCGAUUCAUGGAGGUUUCAGAGGAAAAUGGCAAGUCUUGAACUCGGUAGUCUAUCUAUUAGAUCUUAUGCUUCAGAGAUAAUCUCAACAGAGAUCCAACAUCGUCUUCUACCUCUUCUCUCAUCCGCCGCUGAAAAUGGUGGAGUUUUGGAUCUGCAAGACGUGUUUCGACGAUUUGCCUUUGAUAGCAUUUGCAAAUUCUCAUUCGGUAUUGACCCUGGGUGUUUGGAAUUGUCUUUGCCGAUAUCGGAAUUCGCGGUUGCUUUCGAUUUGGCAUCGAAAUUGUCGGCACAGAGAGCGUUGUCACCGUCGCCGGUGAUCUGGAAGAUUAAACGUUUGUUGAAUCUGGGAACAGAGAAGCAACUGAAAGAGGCGAUCAAAUUGGUGAACUUACUGGCGAAUGAGGUGAUAAAACAGAGACGAAAGAUGGAGUUUGCAAAUCAAUCGGAUUUACUGUCCAGGUUCAUGGGAUCGGUCAACGACGAUACUUACCUGAGAGAUAUCGUGAUUAGCUUCCUUUUAGCUGGUCGAGACACGGUGGCAUCGGCGUUGACCAGUUUUUUCUGGUUAUUAGCGAAACACCCGGAGGUAGGAGAAGCGAUUCGGAACGAAUCGGACCGGAUCAUGGGGUCGGACCAGGAAGAACAGGCCAGUUUCGAACAGAUGAGGGAAAUGCAUUACCUACAGGCGGCGGUGUACGAGACCAUGAGGCUUUAUCCACCGGUGCAGUUCGACUCUAAGUUUGCACAGGAGGAUGACGUGUUACCGGAUGGUACGGUGGUGAGGAAGGGGACCAGGGUGACAUACCAUCCCUACGCCAUGGGAAGGAUGGAGAAGGUUUGGGGAUUAGAUUCCCUGGAAUUUAAGCCGGAGAGGUGGCUCCAGAACGGUGUGUUUAGGCCUGAAAACCCCUUUAAGUACCCGGUUUUUCAGGCUGGGCUUAGGGUUUGUUUGGGUAAAGAAAUGGCAUUGAUGGAGGUGAAGAGCGUAGCCUUGGCCCUGGUUCGACGGUUUCAACUCAAAGUAGCCUUGCCGAGUCUGUCACCGAAGUUCUCUCCGGGACUCACCGCUACGGUGAGUGGUGGGCUACCCGUUGUGAUUAGAGAGAGAGGAGUAUCGGUCUAAAGA